CGUAGUGAAAGAAACCGAAGAAAAAGGGGGGGGGGGACGAAGAAGAAAGAAAAGUAAAGAGGAGGAGCAGGGCAAAGAAAAAAAAAAAGUUCCGCAAAAAGUUUCCGCCCCGCGCCUCGAAGCUCCUCCUGCUGCAGGAUUAUAAGGCAAAUGGCGGAGCGGGCCCGGGCCACUGGGGGAAGUCGUGCAGGACCCGGGAACACGCACGAAGAUCCACGCGAACAGAUACACACACACGCGUGCGCGUAGGGGGGGGAUCCGCAAAAAUCACACACGCAACAAGUCGUGUGCGCAAAAAAAAAACAACUUCCAAAACAUUUUGCUUUGGCUGUUUGGCAACUUUCGGCGAGUGGGGGAAUUCGGUCGCUGCAAAGAUGACCACAGCCGUGGUGUCGCCUUUCUUCGACUUCGAAGCAUUCAAUAAGAACAACAAGCUGCUGGGCUACAACGGCAACCUGGCCGCCCCUCACGCCAACGUCCCCGGCGCCCUGCUGGACAGGAAGGCGGUGGGCACCCCGGGGGCGUACCAACGACGGCACUCCGUCAGCGGCGGCGCAAAGUUCAACCAGAACCAGUUCCUGAACAGCCUGAAGGCCGCCGAGCACUCGCCGCUCCUCGCGGGGCUGGGCGGCAACAACAAGGAGAACCACCUGCGGCCGCGCGACCGCUCGUUCUCCGAGACGGGCGAGCGGCUCCUGCACAAGUGCCUGGGCCCGGCCAGCCCCACGGGGGGGCAGGUCAACUCCAGCCGCUACAAGACGGAGCUGUGCCGGCCCUUCGAGGAGAACGGCGCCUGCAAGUACGGCGACAAGUGCCAGUUUGCGCACGGCAUCCACGAACUGCGCAGCCUGAGCCGCCACCCCAAGUACAAGACCGAGCUGUGCCGCACUUUCCACACCAUCGGAUUCUGCCCCUACGGGCCCCGCUGCCAUUUCAUCCACAACGCCGACGAGCGCCGCGGACCCCCGCUCAAGUCCGACAACGCUUCGUCCCGGUCCCCCUGCUCCUCGUCUUCCUCGGGCGAGACGGAGCGGCCCCGGCUGCAGCACAGCUACAGCUUCGCCGGCUUCCCCAGCUCGGCGGGGCUCCGCGACAGCCCCACGUCCGUCACCCCGCCGCCCGUCUUCUUCCCCGACGAGGUGCCCGACUGGUCCAGGAGCAACCCCUUCACCUACUCCAGCCAGGAGGUGGCCAACCUGUUCGGGCCCAGCCUGGGCGGCGUCCCGCUGGGCGCCGAGACCGGCGACGUCACGCCCCCUUCCCCCACCGGCGGGCCUUACUACUUCCGACCGAUGCUGGAGUCGCCCCGGAUGUUCGAUUCCCCGUCCAGCCCGCGAGACUCCCUCUCAGACCAGGAGGGCUACCAGAGCAGCUCCGGGAGCAGCCUGAGUGGCUCCGAGUCGCCCACGCUCGACACCACCCGCCGACUCCCGAUCUUCAGCCGCCUCUCCAUCUCCGAUGACUAGACGGCGUCCCUUGUGCCCCUUUAUUUUCAUUUUUUUUUUUUUUUUUUUUUUUUGACACGAGGAGAACGGGGCCUCGGGUGGCGUCACUUCCUUGUCGCCGCCACAAGGACGUAGGGCAGGAUCCCCACCCCACCCAACGUUUGCCCCCUUACACACCGGCCAUCUGGGCCUUCUUUUUUCCGCCUUUUUACCGGCUCGCUGCCCUGUGUGUAAGGUAUGCAGGACUUGGGGGGGGUUCGAGUUGUCCCAGGAAUUUGGGAAUUGGCAGGCCACGACGGAGGGUGUGAAGUUUUCACACUCGAGACUCACCGCCAAAAACCUUUUGAUCAUUUUACUCUGACAAUCUGCGACCCAGAAAAUCUGGUCCCAGCGGGUCUCAGUUUUGGAAAAACCUAAACAAAAAAAAAAAUGACUGUCCAAAACCAUUUUGGGCCCACAAGCCUCGAUUUGGGGAAACCUCAAAACCAGACCAACAACGUUGUGGAACUCUAAAGCCCAACAAAGGUCAUCCGCUGACAAUUUUUGGGCUCCCAAGACAACAAUUUUGAACCCCAGUUAGGCAGACCUAAUGAGUCACAAACCAUUUUCACCCCCCCCCCCCCCCCAACUUCAGUUUGGAAAAUACACAAAAAUGACAAGUGACCGAUUUUCGGACUGUACGGCUCAGUUUGUAAAACCCGGUAAACUGUUUUUUUGGACAACUGUGGUUCAGGUCUUGGGUUAAAGGAUGACCCCCAAAAAAACGCCAUUUACGAACUAUCUUCGACACAUGUGCCUCGUCUUGGAAAACAUAGUUACUCGCGAACCGGUUCUGCGGUUUGCGGAACCGGGGUCACGCAAAAAAAAAGUUCCUUGUGAAACCGGUUUUGGGCCAACUCGUGCCUCAGUUUGUAAAACUCCCGAACUGCUUUGGGUCCCCUCGGCUUCCGUUAGGCGAAACCCGGGAUCGAACGAAAGUGACCCGGGAAGCAUUUAUAGCCCCCAAGCCUCAGUUUCGGAAACGCGUCAUUUCCACCCCCCCCAAAAAAAAAGACUCGAAACAAGUUCCGUCGCCAUGGCGACAUCGAGGGGGAAAAAAAAACCCGCACCCGUGGAGCAUUUCGGGUCCCGGCAGCUCCGUUUGGGAACCCCGGCGAGUUUCGAAACAGUCAGCAAAUCGGUUUAUCCUUGCUAAUCUGCACACAGCCGGUUUAUUUUUGUUUUAGGGGAGUAAAGUUUAAAACAAAUCGAAAAAGAAAUAAAAGUGCCCUGCCAUGUGUCAUAGUGCCAAAAAAAAAAAAAAAAAAAAACGUCAGAAAGGAAUUGAAGUGAAAAAUCACGAGAAUCGACUCGUCUCACUUUUCGUCGUCGCUUUUUUUCCUCUCUCGAAUGUGGAGCAGCACAAAGUGGCCUUGGAAAAGAAAGCGGGGGGGGGGGCAUUAUUGCACUAGCAGCCCCCGCCUCAUACCCUCCGCACCCAAAAAAAAAAAAAAAACAGAACAAAUAUUUUAAAAAAAAAAACAACCCUGAAAAGAUAUGAAUAGUUGCAGCAAAAAAAAUAAAUAAAAAUAAAUACAUGCAAAGCAAAAAAAAAAAAAAAAAGUGCCUAGGGGGUGGGGUUUGUCUGGGGGGGGG